AUGUCAGGCAACAACAGGGUUGGGAAGAUGCAGAAUACCAAGCGCAAGCGAAGAAGCAACGACAUAGGAUGCCUUAAUGAAAACAAAAGUGCUAGCAAAACAGUACUUACGCAACGACCCAUCCAUCCAGAUAUUACUACAUUUGAAGAUGGAUUUGGUAACUUGCUUAAAUCCUCGGAAAGUUCCUCUAGUGAACUCACCAAACAGAUUGAGUCGAAACUGUCAGAGAGUGUUGUCUCCCUUGCUUCAUUCGUUGGGAGUACAGUGCUAUUUGAAUGCACGGGAAUAUUUAUUGAGAAUUUAUGUACUGAUGCCACAAGUAUUCUGACUUCAACUAAUAUAGUUGGGUCUUCAGAUUCUGAGAUCACUGAUAACUUGACGAUUAAAGUGCGCCUUCCCAGUAAUCUAGUUGUCAUUGGCUGGUUACACCAUUGUGAUUUCAAGUAUAAUCUUGCUGUUGUGAACAUCAGACACGCACGUGGUUUUCAGGAAGCACAUCUCAGUCGUAGCCAUGGCAUGCAAUUUGAGCCGAAUAGUAAGUUAGUAGCUGUUGGGUGUUGUUUCGACUCAGGCAUGCUAAAGUCCACAAAUGCGACAGUAAUUGGCAGUGCAAGUGAUGGAGUCUGUGAGCUUAUGCUCUCCACAUAUGAAAUGAACACGGCUUGGAUUGGGUGCCCCCUUGUUGAUUUCGAUGGGAACUUUGUUGGAAUGAACCUCCAAAGUGGCGAAAGGACUAUGUUCGCACCAGUGAACAGAAUUCUUGAAUGCCUUCGGUACCUUGGGGUUGGAAGUAAUCAAGUGCUUGUUGGUAUAAAAGAAGCAAGCACAACCAAGACACAAAAUGCUGGCAUGCCUAAAGAUGGUAUGCAUGAGAUUAACUCUUUUGAAGAGGAAUUCGAGGAUAAUAUCUGGAGCACACUCAGUGAAGAUGUUGCAAGCACUAUGGCUGGAUGUGUUGUCUCACUUGCUUCAUUCAAUGGAAAGUCAAAGUGUUUUGCUUGCACAGGCCUAAUUAUAGACUGUACUCCCGUGAGAAUUCUUACUUCGGCAAGUUUGGUUAAAAUUUCUGGCGAUGAAAACAAGAUUGAUGAUAACUUGCAGAUUGAAGUGUACCUUAAUAAUACAGAACAAGUCACGGGGACAUUGAGACAUUAUGAUCUAUGCUAUAAUGUUGCGGUUGUAGAGAUCAUGGGUUCCUGCGGUUCUACAGCAGUGGGAUUGAGGAGGCAUAUUUCUUUCACCCAUAAUAUCGAGGUUUUAUCUGUAGGGCGACUCAUUGAACAUCGGAAACUAAUGGCCUCAAGAGGGGUGUUAAUUGACAGAAAAGGCAAACUUGCUUGUGAAGAGCUUAGGAUUUCCACUUGUAAAAUCACCAAGGCCGGAAUUGGAGGGCCUCUUAUUGAUGCUCGAGGGAAUUUUGUUGGUAUGAAUUUCUUCCAUGAUGAAGAAACCCCGUACCUACCGAGGGAAAAAAUUCAGGAAGUCAUGAGACGUUUCAAUGAAGAACGCGCGAAUGACAGUUGGCCUGAACCAAGACAUCGUUAUUUUAUACCAACUUGGUACCCUAUACCGUUUGGUUUGUUCCCAGAAAGCGACGUGUACGUUGAUAGUUUAGAUGAUGUAUAUUCAAAGUUUGCUUGGCAUUAG